AUGCGCAGAAAUACAUACCUUAGGAUAAUUGGAGAAUCCAAUAAAUCAACAGUAAUAAUCAUGUUUUGUCUAUUAUGGAAGCCAGAUAGAAUCCACACAUGAACAUAUAAAACAUUCAAACUCCAUGCAGAAAGGCCCCAUCCUGGGAACCAUACCAAGGACCUUUCUGCUUCAUGACAACAGGCCUGAGCCUUGGCGUUUGCAACCCUAUAUACUAAAUCUCUGCAAAAUAAAGAGCAGUAUUAAACUCUUGAUGCAGAGUUACUUCACAUAACAGAUGGAAUACGGCAACAACAAAAAAAUCCUAACUGAAGCACCAUCUAAAGAGAAAAGAGGAGGUUUAGGCAAAAUUGGUGUUUAGAAUGGACAUGUCCCUGGUCACACCUCCAAAUAAGGUAUAAAAUAUCUUAAGAAAAAAAUAAAUAAAUGUAGUAAAAGCUUAUACAUAGCAAAUGUACUAGCAGAAAGCCAAAGAGGAACAAUUUUAUGGAAUACAUUUUUGACUUUUAAAGCUUAAUGUCAAAAAUAGAAAUUGGCAAAUAUAUUUGCACAAUAUGAAAUAAAUUAUAUAAAUGUAAUUUGAAACAUUAAAACAAUAAUGAUUUACACAAACUUAAUAAUUAGAAGCCAACCCUUCUCCCCAACCUAAUUUCUGUAUCACCUGAGUUUGCAAAUAAACAAUUUGAUAACAAUGGGCUGUUGGUUACUCAGUUUACAAGGUCAGCAUUCAGAUAAUUAGCUCUCCGUUACAACAACAACAAAGGUUAGUCAGAAUAAAUCACAGUCUUGCUUUCCCAAAAGACCAAACUACUAGAAUAAAUGAGGUGUUUCAGAAUUUCUUUUUAAGCAUGUAUCAUAAAAUUGAUCUCAUGGGGUAAAAAAGGCAAUGUAUUGUUGCAGCACAGAGGUCACAUUAGGAGGUAUCUGCCUGCUGAUAUGAACACAUGCCUUAAAUAGAGGAAGAGGGACUGGCUCUAUAAGAGGGAAGGGAUCAGAUAAGGGAUUGACACUGGAGCGUUGUCUUUCAGCAAAGGCUGUAGGUAACCGUGAUGUCUACCUUUAGAUCUAUUUCAAACAGCUCUGUCAUCAUUCACCCACCAGGCUUCUACAUCAUUGGAUUUCAGUCAUUUCCAUUCAUAUCUGCUUACAUCAUCUUCCUAGCAUUUAUUUACAUGCUUUCAGUUGUGUUCAACAGUCUGCUUAUCUAUAUAAUUGCUGUUAAUCACUGUUUGCAUACUCCAAAAUUUUUGGCCAUCACCAACCUGGCAGUGAUAGAUUUAGUGCUUAACACCUGCAUUAUUCCCAGCAUGAUAAAAGUUUUUCUUAUCAAAGAUAAUUUUGUCCCAUUUAACCCGUGUCUUGUUCAAAUGUUUGUAUGUUAUGCAUUUGUAACACUGGAGUCAUAUGCGGUUACUAUACUGGCCUAUGACAGGUUGAUUGCUAUAUGCUUCCCUUUUAGGCAAAAUUCAAUCAACACAGUGCGCAGCAUGCUCUGUAUUAUCAGCACUUCCUGGUGUUUUGGUCUCGGACUGUCCACAUUCACAACAAGCUCAAUGACGCGCCUGUCUUUCUGCAACUCUGUCAGAGUGUUCAGUUACUUUUGUGACUAUGCACCUGUAUUUAGACUUGCUUGUAAUGAUUACUCAUUGCAGUGGUCUGCAGCUUCAUGGCUCUCGGUUUUGCUUCUUGGAGUACCUUUUGUUUUCAUUUUUCUCACUUACAUGUGUAUCCUGGGGACUGUGUUUAAAAUGAAAUCUUUGGACCGUCGAGUGAAAGCUUUGACCACAUGCAUUGAACAUAUAAUUGUUGUUGCUAUCUUUUACAUUCCUCUGCUUGUUAUUUUUAGCAUUGGAUUUUAUGUUAAAGUAGUCGAACCAGAUAAAAGAGUUCUGAGCCUCUCACUCGCCUCAUGCAUGCCUCCUUGCAUUAAUCCUAUUGUUUAUUCACUAACAACUAAAGAGAUUAAAAUCAGGGCACAGGCAAUCUUCAGAAAAAACAAAGUUAAUGGAAAGAUUUAGUCAUAAUCCCAACUAGUCUUUGUGGGCUUCAGAGCACAAAAAUGACUUAGAAACAAUGAUGAAUUACAUAGCGUAAAAGGUGUGCUACAACAAAAAUAAUCACUGCUAAAAUAAACAUUUUUGUGUCCUAUUUGGCCAACUUUGUGGUUUCAUUUAAAAGCACUAUUUUAUUCCUUAACAGAUACCUGAUCUAUAAAUUAUUAACUAUUUCAUAAAAUAAAGUUUUGGUCAAUCCAUCUGUAUUUUGUGUCAU